AUGGCUAACCACCGAGACAACGCAAACUCGGGUUCAGGAGGUCCUACCAUGAGGUGGAGCCAAGGAGCUGCCUCGGAUGGCAGCUGGGCAUACAGUUGGGGGGCUGGUUCGGUCCCGGGUGGCCCUAGCUUUGGUUAUGGGUCAGGUUCAGCGACAUCAGAAUCAGAUGGUGGCAGCGGUACUGGGUUUGGGUUUGGGUUCGGUUGGGGUGCUGGAGCAGCAGGUUCAGGUUCAAGUCUAGCUCGUCCAAGGCAAAACCAUAAUGAAGGGUUUGGUGAAUUUGGUCAAUCACAUAUGCCACCCUUUGGGGCUAGGUUCUAUUAUGGUAUGCCAUUUACCAACUUUUAUGGGGGGCCGAUGUUCGGACCACCUAGACCGCAACAUGGAUCUGAUAAUGGUGGACGAGGUAGACAAAUAGGUGGUGCUUAG